AUGGAGGAGAAGAAAACUCUUGGAGGAAAGAGGAGAGGAAAACUCUUGGAGGAAGGAGGAGAGGAAAACUCUUUGGAGACAGAGGAAAGGAAAACUCUUGGAAGAAGGAGUAGAACAAAACUUUUGGGAGACAGAGGAGAGGAAAACUCUUGGAAGACGGAGAGGAAAACUCUUGGAAGACGGAGAAGAGGAAAACUCUUGAGAGAUGGAGGAGAGGAAAACUCUUGGAAGACGGAGGAGAGGAAAACUCUUGAGAGACGGAGGAGAGGAAAACUCUUGGAAGGCAGAGGAGAAGAAAACUUUUGGAAGACGGAGGAGAGGAAAACUCUUGGAAGACGGAGAGGAAAACUCUUGGAAGAAGGAGAGGAAAACUCUUGGAAGAGAGAGAGGAAAACUCUUGGAAGAAGGAGGAGAGGAAAACUCUUGGGAGACGGAGGAGAGGAAAACUUAGAAAAAGGAGGAGAGGAAAACUUUUGGGAGAUGGAGGAGAGGAAAACUCUUGGAAGACGGAGGAGAGGAAAACUUAGAAACAGGAUGAGAGGAAAACUCUGGGAGAUGAGGAAGGAAAAUCUUGGAAGACAGAGGGGAGGAAAACUUAGAAAAAGGAGGAGAGGAAAACUCUUGGAAGACAGAGGAGAGGAAAACAUAGAAAAAGGAGGAGAGGAAAACUCUUGGGAGAUGGAGGAGAGGGAAAACUCUUGGAAGACGGAGGAGAGGAAAACUUAG